AUGCAGCGCAAACCAACGGGUGAUCCUGUGUUUAUUUUUUUUAACUCACGUUUAAGUUGGCUACUAAUAAGUUGUUUAAAUCGGUACCUGCUCAUUGUUGUGUAAAGUUUCAGGUGAUGUACAUUGUCUCCCGUGUUUAGUCCUGUCUGAGAUUGGAAGCAGUAUAGCAGCCCUUUCAAAUAUUCAUUAUGGGAAGUAAAUAACUGGCUAAACACUCAAGGGAUACACCAGAAUGAUGCAGGUGAGAAAUAUGUUUACUGCUGUAAACAUAUCCAGUAGUCGUGACUCCUGCCGUAGUGAUAUGUUUAUUGUAGUCGUCACUAAAAAUGAGAUUGUCUCCAUACUGUCUUCAUGUCGCAGCCAUCUCAUGGAUUGGAUAAACCUUCAGUGCAAACUGAAAACAUUUUUGGUUUUGUUUACCCUCUCUUAAAAUCGUAGUAGGCUAGUCACAGUCUGUCUUUGCCUCGUUGCCUGCCCUAUGGUCAAGCUGAGUCAAUCAUUACACAAUGGGUACACAUUUAACUUGAGUCAAGCUCUGUCCAGAUUUUGCCACUCUGUGUCAAUGCUGAUUCUGACUAGAACACAUACUUCUAAUAUACAAGAAGAAGUAUCUUGAAUCCCCCAACCCUGCACAGGUAGGGUAACUUUUUUGCACUCAUGGAAAUAUGAUCAAAAUCUGCUCAGGGACAAUGGAAUUAACUGAAUUUACGUUUUGUUUAUUAUUUGGCAGCUGUAUAUUGCUCAUGGCGUAUUAGAAUUGUUCUAGUAUUGUUAGUUGUGUGCAUCUUCUCAAAUCUGAGACAAGUCAGAUGACCAUAAUAACAGUCAUUAUAAAUCAGAAUUAGUUCCACAAAUAUGUCAUGCCUUGCUCAUUUGUUGUUCUUUCUAGGUGCUUCCUGCAACAACCCCUUGAUCUUUCCAUGGCUCGUGUAUUGUCCUUGUGUCGACCCUUGUCUCUUCUAGCUCCUUUAGGGGUACGGCACACCGCGUUCUGCAGAAUGUCACUGGACACGCGGGCACGGGAGGUGUUUGCUGCAGCAGUGAGUGGAGUUCAGCCAGACAGCGUGGUUCGGAAGAGCCUGGAGCGCAGGGGAGACUCUCUGCUGGUUGGUGGACGCAGCUUCACACUCAAGCACAAUCUGCACCUGGUGGGGUUCGGCAAAGCCGUGCUGGGUAUGGCGGCUGAGGCAGAGAGGAUAGUGGGGGACCACCUGGUGAGAGGAGUCAUCAGUGUGCCACACGGCAUUCAAGAGGCCCUGCGGCAGCAUGGGAAAGACCAGAUGCUGUUGAAGGACGACAGUAGGAUUAAAGUGAUGGAGGGUGCAAAACACAACUUGCCAGAUGCCGAUGCUCAGAGAGCUGCUGCAUGCAUCGACGAGCUAGCCUGUGAGCUAACGGAGAGUGACCUGUUGCUAGUGCUGAUCUCAGGGGGAGGCUCCGCCCUCUUACCUUCACCAGUUCCCCCUAUCACUCUGCAAGAGAAACAAGACGUCACACGUAGACUAGCAGCUGCUGGGGCCACCAUUCAGGAGCUGAACACGGUCCGACGUGCUCUGUCCUUGUUGAAGGGUGGAGGACUUGCACAUUCUGCUCAUCCCGCCCAGGUAGUGGCACUGGUUCUCUCUGAUGUGAUAGGAGACCCUCUUGAUUUGAUAGCCAGUGGUCCCACUGUGUGGAGUGAGGUGUGGCCAGAGGACGUCUUGGCAGUUCUGGAGCAAUACGGACUGUCUUCUUCUCUCCCCACGUCAGUGAAGGAAGUCCUUGGGCGGGCUGCUCCGAGGGGGGAGGGGGUAGGGAAGCCACUGGAGGCGGAAGGACAUGUUCUCAAUGCCGUGAUUGGCUCCAAUAGCAUUGCCUUGAAGUGUGCCAGUCGGCGUGCAAGGGAGCUUGGGUUUCGCCCAGUCGUCUUGUCCCCAGGGGUCUGUGGUGAUGUACAGCUCCUGUCUCGCCUCUAUGGUCUAUUAGCUCACUUUGCCUGCUCCCCUGACGAACCCCACUCAGACAUUGCCUCUGAGAUGCUGAGACUUGGUCCGGAGGUGGGUGUAGAGAGCUGGGACUUGUGUCGUACCAUGCAGGUGCUGGGUGAGGGGCAUAAAGAAGGCUGGGGGGCCACCUGCUUGCUGGCUGGGGGAGAGCCCACUGUGCAGUUGAAAGGCAAAGGGCUAGGUGGGCGAAACCAGGAGCUGGCUCUACGAGUGGGGCUCGAACUCAAAGGUAUGGAGCUCCCUCCCAAGGGCCCAGUGUUCCUGAGUGGUGGGACAGAUGGACAGGAUGGGCCAACCAACGCUGCAGGGGCUACCACAGAUGGGGGACUGUGGGAAGAAGCGAAUGCUCAGGGGCUGAAUAUAGACAGCUUCCUUUCCAACAAUGAUUCCUACACGUUUUUCUCCCGUCUGUCUGGAGGACAGCGCCUGCUCUUACCAGGGUUGACAGGCACCAAUGUGAUGGAUGUGCACAUGCUUCUUAUCCCUUAUGGGGAUUCCAAUCACCAUAUCUGAUCAGGCAGAGAAGCCCACAAAUGGUUUCUUUCAAAACUUGGAUGCAGACCAGAUGUUUGUACUUAGGGUACAACUAUGUACUAUCUUUACCAUGGCUAGAAAACACUGUCUAAUGUAAGUAUUUUGGGGGGAAGAUAUGAGCACUCUCUGAAUAAUACAAUUGUUUAUAGAAUAAAAACAUUUUCUAACACUUGA